AUGAGCUCCGAGAGGGAGAAGAACGAACUCAAGUCUCAAGGCGCGGUCGAGGCUGCCCAGAACCCCAACAGCUCCGUGACCGGCGACGAUGCGGCACGGGUGAUUCUGGACGAGAGCAAGAAGGCUGGUUCCGCUGCCCUGCAGUUUGAUCCUAAUGCCUCGCCUGAAGAAAAGGCCGCGCAAGCCAGAUCGACCCUGCAACAGGACGAUGGAAAGCCCGACCAGUACGAUCUACCUCCGCCCGAGCCCGCAGCUGUUGCCGCGAAAGCAAAUGCCCCUACAACCCAGCCUGGCGAGGCCAAUGGAGUGCCACCGGAGGAAGAAGAGCAAUGGCACAAGGUCGGCUGGGCUCCGCGCUUUGGCUCGGGUGAGAAGGAAGAAGAUCUGGACGAACGGAACUUAUUAGACCACCAGACAGUCCUCGAGGGCAAGCUGGAUGAGAAAUUCUUUGGUGAUUGGUACCAUAACACGGCGGUCAUCGUCUUUGCCUGCAUCGCAUCAUGGCUGAUUGCUACCCUCGGGGGCGGCCUAGCAUGGGUUCUCAUCGUCAUGGCUACGUGCGGCACCUACUACAGGACCUCGAUCAGACGUGUGAGGCGAAACUUCAGAGACGACAUCACGCGGGAAAUGGCUAAAGCACGCCUGGAGACCGACACGGAAAGUCUCGAGUGGAUGAACAGCUUCCUCGCCAAAUUCUGGCCCAUCUACGCCCCUCAGCUGGCAAAGGCCGUUAUCAUGUCGGUGGAUCAAGUUCUCAGCACAUCUACUCCAGCCUUCCUUGACAGCAUGAGACUCGAGGCUUUCGUUCUGGGUACCAAGCCCCCUCGUAUUGAACACGUCAAGACCUACCCUAGGGCGGAGGACGACAUUGUGAUGAUGGAUUGGAAGUUUAGCUUCACUCCAACGGACACCAUGGAUAUGACUGCUCGCCAGCUCAAAACCAAGAUCAAUCCAAAAGUGGUUCUUGAAAUUAGGAUCGGCAAAGGGCUCGUCAGCAAGUCCAUGAAGGUCAUUGUCGAGGAUUUUGAGUUCUCUGGUUUGAUGCGAGUCAAGAUGAAGCUGCAGAUCCCGUACCCUCAUAUCGAGCGUGUGGACAUCUGCUUCCUCGGCCGGCCGACCAUCGACUACGUUUGCAAACCUCUGGGUGGCGAGACAUUUGGCUUCGACAUCAAUUUCAUCCCUGGACUGGAGAACUUUAUCAAAGAACAGAUCCACGGAAACCUUGCGCCGAUCAUGUACGAACCCAACGUCUUUCCGAUCGAAGUGGCGAAACUGUUAUCAGGAAAUCCGAUCGACCUGGCAAUCGGAGUUGUUGCCGUUUCGAUUCACAACGCACACGGACUGAAGAACCCCGACAAGUUCUCAGGCACACCAGAUCCGUAUGUGAUUGUCUCCCUGAACAAUUCCAAGGAGCUUGCACGUACGAAGACAAUCCAUGAAGACCACAACCCCCGCUGGAACGAGACUCUGUACGUCAUCAUUACCAAUUUUACGGAUUCCCUUACAUUGCAGGUCUAUGAUUACAACGACGUCCGUAAGGACAAGCAUCUGGGGACGGCUACAUUCGCCUUGGACCGAUUGGAAGGAGCGACAGAGCACGAAAAUCUGUCCAUCGAUGUCCUCGCAAAUGGGAAGCACCGCGGAGUUCUGACUUGCGAUGUUCGUUUCUUCCCAGUCUUGGAGCCGGAAAAGCUCGAUACCGGAGAGAUAUUGCCGCCGCCAGAAUCUAACACGGGUAUUGCAAGAAUCACAAUCGAACAAGCGAAGGAUCUGGACGGCAGCAAAAGUAUGGUUGGUGCGUUCGAUCCCUACGCCGUGCUACUCCUCAACGGCAAGGAAAUCCACAAGACCAACACGCCCAAGCACACCAACAAUCCGGUCUUCUCUGACAAUACAAAGUCAGUGCUGAUCACAGAUCGCAAGAAGGCCCGGAUCGGCCUGGUGAUCAAAGACAGCCGCGACCUUGCAACAGACCCUAUAUUGGGCACCUACCAGAUCAAACUAGAUGAUAUGCUCAAGCUCGUUGAUAGCGGCCAGGAGUGGUACAACUUGCACGGAACCUCGACUGGGUCCAAGGUCAAGCUGGACCUGGACUGGAAGCCAGUCGCCUUGAAAGGCAUCACUGGUUCAGGUGGUUAUAUUACGCCGGUCGGUGUGAUGCGUAUCCAUGUCCAGAGUGCGAAGAACCUGCGGAAUUACGAGACCAUGGGCAAGUCAGACCCGUACGCCAGAGUCUUGUUGUCAAGCAUUAUGAAAGGCCGGACUGUUACCUACAAAAACGACCUCAAUCCUACGUGGGACGAGGUCAUUUAUGUCCCGAUACAUACACCGAGUGAACGGCUGAUACUCGAGGUGAUGGACGAAGAAAAGCUCGGCAAAGAUCGCUCAUUAGGGCUGGUCCAAAUUGCAGCUUCCGAUUACAUGAAAGAAGCUGAGGAGGGCGGCUAUGAAGUCCACGAUACAAAAGCCGAAUUAUCGGACGGACUGCGGAUGGGCGGUGCUGGUGAAGCAAAGGGCACCAUCCAAUACACCGUCUCCUUCUUCCCCACUUUGAAUGUGAUGGACCCAGAAGAAGAGGAAGAAGAGCGAAAGGCGCAAGCUGCGCUUGAAGCUACAGAUGGGCCUGCCACGCCCAGCCACAGCAAGAAGUCGUCCGUUGAUGCAAGACCGUCGACGGAUGUCGCCAGACAGAACGGGGACUUGCGAAAGAGCCUCGAUAAGGCUGGCAGGCUUAGCGGCCUCGCAAAUGGAGCGCCAUCCAUCCAAGAGUCUAUCGCAUCGGCCAAGAAGCAGGCUCCCAAAGUCAAAAUCACGCCAGAAGAUCUCCACAAAUACGAAUCCGGUCUCAUCGUAUUCAAUCUGGUCGAAGGUCAUUUCGCGCAGACGGAUGUGCAGCUCGAAGUGUUGAUGGACGAUCACGCCUUCCCAGCUUAUACCUCUUCCAAGAUUCGACAGAAGGAUCAUCACUUCGGUGAGACGGGCGAUGCCAUGGUUCGAGAAAUCGAUAUGUCUCGGAUCACUCUUCGCUUGACCGAGAAGGUCGACAAGACAGGCAAGACAGACGAUGACGAUAUCGUCGCCAAGUUGACUGGUCCUACGCUGCCUACCUUGCAGCAAUGCUUGUACAAGCCCACCGAGCUCACAUUGAGGAGCAACAACGGUGGUAUCAACAAGGUCGUGGUCGAUCUCAAAUAUCUGCCCGUCAAGAUGCAGCUUGACCCCAGCGAAAGCAUCAACAACAUGGGCACUUUGAGGGUUGACGUGAUGGAUGCGGCAGAUCUCCCGUCAGCUGAUCGCAACGGCUAUAGUGAUCCAUAUUGCAAAUUCAAGCUAAACGGCAAGGAGGUCUACAAGACCAAAACGCAGAAGAAGACACUUCACCCAGCCUGGAAUGAAUUCUUCGAGGUGCAGGUCCCAUCCCGGACAGCAGCCGACUUCCGAGUCGACGUCUAUGAUUGGGACUUUGGCGACAAAGCCGACCACCUGGGCUCCGCCGUGCUUAACCUACAGGUGCUGGAGCCAUUCCAGCCUCAAGAGCUCUCAUAUACCCUGGACGGAAAGUCGGGUGUUCUUCGACUUAGAAUGUUGUUCAAGCCCGACUACGUCGUCCGAACAAGGCAAGGAACGUCAACCUUUUCAGGCACAUUUGCACCAGCAGGCAAAGUGGUAGGUGCGCCGGUGAAGGGAAUCGGCAAAGUCGGCGGUGGGGUGGUGAAGGGUGCCUCUUUCAUCAAACAUGGCUUUUCUCGUGGGAAAAGCAGCAGAGAGGAAACACAGUCCAGUCUGAACGGUACAAAUGGCACAGCGGACGCUGCAGAAGGGGUAGUCACGCCGACCAUGGCCAGUCCAGCCAAAGACAGCUUAAGCCCGGAUGGUGCUACCACACCAGCGACUCCAGCUACGCCUUCGCCCAUGAUGCACAUUCGUACCAAGAGCAAUCAUUCAACAAUCACGGCUGCCAAAGGAGGAGAGACCGGCACGGCGAAUUUCGUGAUUGUGUCUGCGGCUGGCUAUGCUCCCAAGGCCGAUGUCCAGGUCGUCUUGAAGAUGGUUGGACCCAAAGGGUCGAAAGAAGUGCACAAGACCAAGGCCGUGAGAUCGGCCUCAGGAACGGUCGAAUACGAUGAAAACCAAGAGAGCUUCAAGGUGCCGUGCUCGGCAGAUACGCAAUUCGUGUUGCAAGUCAAAGACCACGAUAUGUUACGGUCCAAAGACCUCGGCGAGGCCAUGUUCUUCGUCUCCGACCAAGGAAGUGGUUCCGAGCAAUCUGUCAAAGCUGGCUCUGGGACAGUCACCAUCCGCAGCAGCUUCGCAGCGAACAAUGGAGUCUCCACCGACGGUCUGCGGCCAGCGACCAGUGGACGAGACUCACCAGACUCUAAGCGAGAAGGACGACGAAGCUUCUUCGCACGAAGAGAUUUCAGCGGCUUCAGUGGGAAGCACGAGUCGUGA